UGAUAAUAUGAGUGUAGAACGAGAGAUAAAUCUACAGAAAGUUGUAAAGAUUUCUUCAUGUGUCGUUGAACUGGUAGACUAUGACAUCUGAAGACAAGGCAGAGUUACUAACUCAACUGCAUGAUUUCAUAUCUGCUGCAGAAGGCCAGCUGAGUCAAAUACUUCACAGGGUAGGAUGGGAUAAAGAAACAACGUUCAAAUCAAAGGGUACAGAGCUGGUAGAAUGUCCAUAUGAUGCCUCACACAAGAUGCCAGAGUGUUCUUUGAAGAGACACACUCAGACUUGCAAGCUGUUGAAAGAGGGCUGUAACAAGACAGAUCUGGAUGUUGCUUUGUCCACCUCAGUGGAUUUUUAUGGAAAAGCCAGUAAUGUUCACACUGUACAUAUAGAUGGAGAGACCCAGGCAUCCAUAAUCAGAGAGUCAGAAUGGAUACAUGGAACGACAGGUGCAACAGCUGAUGGUACACUUAAACCUGUUCCCCAUAGCGCAGAGCAGGCCACAAUAGAACUGACUAGAAGCCAACGUCUGGCCAUGUAUGACUAUGUGGUCAACCAGGCCAAGGGUGCAAGAAAGACAACUAGCUGUUCAAAUGAAGAACUGAUGUUCUUAAAAGAGGAAGAUGUAGCUAAACCCAGUGGCUCCCUGUCUUACAAAGAACAAGAGGCAGCUAUGAGAGAUUUCAAAAGAAGAAGACAAUCAUAUCGUGCCAAGAAUGUCCACACAACUGGAAAGUCUCACACUGAAAUUUUACGUGAGGUUAUUUCAAGUCAGUGUGAGGUCUUGGAUAAAAUUUGGAAUAAAAAGGUAAAGAAAGAGCCGGAUGAUGGACCAUGGACCCAACAGAGGGACCAUGUAAAGGAAGAACCUAGGACUUCCUCUAGGCACCAGAAGAGGGAUCACCGAUCAAGGGAAAGAACUAGAAAUAUGUCGCCAGAGCGAGCUCAGAGAAGGAGAUCCAGAUCAAAGUCCAAGAAAAGGCACAGAAGAAGAAGUCAUAGCAGAUACAGUGAGGAUUCAGAUGAGGAACACCAUAGAAGAGACCGCCAUAAGUCCAAAAAACACAAGCACAAAUCCCGUAGAGAUAGAGAUUAG